AGGGUGGCACUUUGAAAAGCAGCUGGUCUGAAGACCUUUUCUUUGGUAUGGAGAGAAGAGAAGGGCCAGGAAAAGCGCGAUGGUUUGACGCGUCAGGAGAGCUGGUCCCUGUAUAGGCUAAUAGGAACAGCUAAGACGUUUGAUCUUUCGCUGGAGAGGGGAAUUCAGUUUUGCUUAAUAUCAGUUUUGUCACUCCAGAAAGAUGAAGAUAUUCAGUGUCUUUGCAUUCAUGGUCUACUGCCAUUUGCUGAAAGCAUUUACGAUCACGGUUUCCAAAGACCUGUAUGUGGUGGAGUCUGGCGGCAAUGUGACUAUGGAGUGCAAGUUCCCGAUAGAGAAACAGUUAAACCUGCUUGCACUAAUCGUCUACUGGGAAAUGGAGGAUAAGAAAAUUAUUCAGUUUGUGAAUGGGAAAGAAGACCUGCAAGUUCAGCACAGCAGCUACAGCCAGAGGGCCCAGCUGCUAAAGGACCAGCUGUUCUUGGGGAAGGCCGCGCUUCAGAUCACAGACGUGAAGUUGCAGGAUGCAGGGGUUUACUGCUGCUUGAUCGGCUAUGGCGGUGCUGACUACAAGCGGAUUACUUUGAAAGUUCAUGCCCCAUACCGCAAAAUCAACCAAAGAAUUUCUGUGGAUCCUGUCACCUCUGAACAUGAACUAAUGUGUCAGGCUGAGGGUUACCCUGAGGCUGAAGUCAUCUGGACAAGCAGUGACCAUCGAGUCCUGAGUGGCAAAACCACCACCACUAAUUCCAACAGGGAGGAGAAGCUUUUCAAUGUGACCAGCACGCUGAGAAUCAACACAACAGCUAAUGAGAUUUUCUACUGCACUUUUCGAACAUCAGGUCCUGAGGGAAACAGAAACAAUACUGCUAAGUUGGUCAUCCCAGAACCACUUCCAGUUCCAUCAAAUGAAAGGACGCACUUCAUGAUUCUGGCAGCUGUCCUGGUGUUUCUUGGUGUAACGCUGGCAGUCACUUUCUGUCUAACGAGAAAUGGGAAAAUGAUGGAUGUGGAAAGAUGUGGCAUCCGAGAUAGGAACUCAAAGAAACAAAAUGAUAAACAAUUUGAAGAGACGUAAUCCAGCAUUGAAACUCCUGAUCUUAAAGCAGGGAUUCUCAACCUGUGGUUUGAGUUCAGCAGAGCUACGCAUGACCAGAGCAGUGCAGUGGCCCAGGCGAGCUGCAGAUGAUGAAGGACUUACCAAGCCCAAGCACUCAACAGUGGAAGCUGCGAGGGAAGAGGAGGAGAACAAAGGAAGAAGGAGCAGAGGGGGUAGCCUGCAAGGAGACCUUGGUACUUCAGAACGACUGGGAGACUCUCGGGCGCCUACGGGAGAGAGGAGGGACGCUUCUGAAAGAUGAGCCCCCACGCAAAUCGUCCAUCGCUCAUCCUAGGAAAACAAGUUGAGAUUCCCUGAUUUAAUGGUCAGUUCCUGCAGAAGUGCCCUUUGCCUUCACUCAACGUCUCUGUUUGUCGUCUGUGUGACCAAGAGUCCCAGUGUUGCAACAGUAUUUAAGUAUGUUAUUUCUAUUUAUUUUGAGUCUUUGGAGUCUUGUCACGUGAGUGUGGUUGUGAAUGAUUUCUUUUGAAGAUACAUUGUAGUUGAAGUUAAAAUUUUGUCACAAAACUAGACUUACUGCUUAGUGAGUUGUGUGUGUUCAAUAAAAUGUGUAGUAUUUAUAAGGUACUUGGUAUCCUCCACAGCCACCAGGACAUAGGAAGCAUAGAGAACAGACCCGUGGUUUCUAUAGGAUAUUACCUUGUUUAACCCACCAGUACUUGGUUGCCUCAAAUAAUCUUACUCUCAGACCUUAAGGUAAGAUAUGUUACUGUAGUAUCUGUUCUAUAUUAAGUAUCAGCGUUAUCUGUAUGGUAUCCUACACACAGAAUCUCACUUAAUGCCUAUGGUGGCUGUGCUGCGGUCAGCACUAUUAUAGCCAUUUCACAGCUGAGGGAGCGGAGAGCUAACGUAACCAGCCCAAGCCAGUAAAUAGCAGACCUCAGGUUUCCACAGCUGUCACCCACUGUCCUUUUAGAAUACAGUCUAGAGCUGUGUUUUGCUGUAAGAAAUUCAUUCAGCAAACAUUUAGGAAGCGCCCAUGUCACUAUGCCAGGCAGUGAUUGAACAAGACAAGUACCUCUCUUCCAGGAGCUCAUAGUAUCAUGGGGAGAUUGAUAAGGAAAUUCAUUAUUACAGUUUAGUGCAGUGUCAUAGCAUAAGAUGUUGGAGGAGAAUGACGACGUGAAGAGAAGAGUCUAGAAAGGCUGCCAAAGGGAGGGCAUGCCUUGGGCAGCUCAUUGGUGUGUUUCUUGGAAGUUGAAAAUACAUUUUAUUUUAUUAUUUUUUUAAAGAUUUCAUUUAUUUAUUUGAGAAAGAGGGAGAGAGAGCUAGAGAGCACAAGCGGGGUGAAGGGCAGAGGGAGAAGCAGACUCCCUGCUGAGCUGGGAGCCCAACGUGGGGUUCGAUCCCAGGACCCUGGGAUCACGACCUGAGCUGAAGGCAGACGCUUCACCAUCUGAACCACCCAGGCACCCUGAAAAUACCUUUUAAUCAAAAUGAUUUUAGUUUAUGAGGAUAAAUUGUGGAAAAUAACUCGAGUUCCUUUUCUAUCAUUAUGUUUCUGUCUGAUUUAUUGCCUUUGCUGUGCAGUCCGACGCUUAUGUAAACAGUGUUGGAAUUGUUCAGCAGUUCUCUCUUUUUUAUUUAAGUGCUGCUGAAGUUUGAACUCAUACCUUUCCAUGAUUCAAAAUUCAGAAGGUCCAAGAAGAGACAUUAAAAAGUCUCCAUUCCAUCCUUCUAGCCGUUGGUUUUCCUUUCCAGAAGCAGCUGCUCUUGUCUUUUGUUCUUGCAGUCUUCUAAAGACAUUCUAUAAAUAUAUGUAGAAAUAUACAUGAAAAGUAUAUUUUUUAUUCACAUAAGUGGUGACACACUAUUCGCCUGCUGUGCACUUUGCUAUUUUUAUUUAAUGUAUUAUUUCUUUUGGGGCCAUUGGAACAAAUGUGAUUUUCCCAGAGGCCAGGCACUAGGUCUUCUUUAUUUCUAGAUCAGCUUUUCCAUAGCCUGUUAGUAUCUUUUAUAAGACUUAGUACAUGCUAAAUAUGUAGUUCAUCGACCUUUGGACAACCAGCAUUUGCUUGCUGUAUGACUGAGUUUGGAUUUGGUUUAUUUGGUGUUUCUCAAAGUGAGACCCUUGAAUUCUCCAGGGCACACUGGGUCAACCUCAUCCUAAAGGCUGAAUUUAUUACUAAUUCUGUAUGACAGAAUCAUGUCUGGAACUUGUGUUUUUUUCCUAUUUUCUCUUGAGUAAAAACUAGACUUUGAUAUUGCAGUUGCAAAAUGACAGGGGUGGGGUUUUGUUUUUGUUUUUGGAAAUUCCAGUAAUGUACCUUGACUCUCACCUGUGUUAGAAAUGUCCAUGAGCUGUGCUUAAACCCCUGAGUCCUACCAGUUCUCAUCACUACAUAGAUCUAAGAUGUUGCAUUUCAAAGUCUUUGAGGUUCACAUGCCCCCCAGAAGGUCCCAGUGUAUUCCUGCUCUCUUGGCCUUUUACCUGGAUUAUCGACAAAGAAAACCUUUGUUUUGCCACUCAUCAAGGCUGAAGAAACAGAAUCUCCAGCAGAACUCCUUCUGAAGGUUACCUGUUUGUACACAUUCAUCUGUACAGCAUCCCUUGUUUGCGUGACAGUAUCUUUAUGUGAAGUAUAAGGGAGGAUUCUGGCUGAGCCAGAGUACUGUCUAUUCACUCUGUUCCUAAAUUUUAAUGCCCUCGUACGGUGUGGGAGUUGUAAGGCACUUUAUCCCCUUGUCUUGUGUUUCACUCUAAAUGACGUAGGCAGAGAGGAUAUUUAGUUCUGCAUUUUAAUUGUUAUUGUUUACACCUGCAUUAAUCUAAUAAAAUAUUCUUAUUUAUUUUGUUCCUUGGU